GCGUUCUGCCCUAGGUGGCCUACCACCUGCAGAGUCAAUACAUGGAAGCAUAAGAAGAGAAUAAGAAAUGAUAAUGGAUCAAUGCUUACCCUUGCUGGUAAUGAAAAACACAAAAUAAUUAAAACAACGUAUUUGAUGUUUUCAUCUUUAAUAACCAAAUACCGGUAAUGGUGUGGCUAAACUGGAACUUUUAGUCAUUACUAAUGGCAGUUUUAUAAAUAACUUUUCCUCUCUUUGGCAAGCACCAUUCAACCAAGCAAUUCCAAUUCUGAGAGUCCAUGGGGUAUAAAAAGGAAAGAGUAGAGCUUUAGCGUCAAACAAAUCCGAGUUUAAAUCUUGACUUUGCCACUUACUAAAGAUGACCUUCAGUUUCCUCAUAACACUUCUGUCUCAGGGUUGGUAGCUUUGUAAAGAUGGUCUUUAUAAAGUGGUUUCAGAAUAUGGAAACUAACGUAAUGGACCCUUGUGCUAUAAGCCCACAGAAAAUACUGAGUAAUGUAAAAUUAAAGAAUUAAAUUAGAUAGGUUUGAAAGAAAUCAGAGGAAACUUAAAGCCUGAUCAGUGAGCCUUCUGUUGGGGGUGGGGGGGGGCAGUGCUGGAAACUAGACACUGGUUGGGGCACUGGGGACAUGGCCAUAGUAAAGAUUUGGGAUUUUGUUCAAGUAUGAUGAGAAGCCUUUGGAGGAGGGGUAACGCUUAGUCCUGUUUCACCUGGAGUAUUUAUUUUCCCUUUCUGGAGGAUUCCACACACAGCAAAGAGUUGCUGAAUGUCCAAGUGGAAAGGCCAUUAUAAUAAACUGAGGAAUAAAAAGCUUUUAAAGACGUGAUCCCACUUCCAAUGGAAUCAUCUUUUGGGAAGACAAUGGAAGAUUUGAUUUCACAAAGCACCACCAGGGAGUAUUCAUUUGUCACACUGAUGUAGUUACCACGUAAGAGUUUCUGUGAUGCUUGACACCCACCCCUCCCCAGCCUACCCCCAUCCCACACACACAGACAGACAGAAGAGGACUGGACAGGGAGAGGCUGCUUCACCAACUGGCUUUGGAGUUUAGAAUUGAGACCCUCACCAUUCAUAAUAUUUCCUAAUUCCUAAUAAAAUGGAAUUUUAAAAUCUAAUAAUUUAAUAACUUAGAAUAACUUAUAAAAUGGAUUUUUAUUUUAAAUAAUAAUUUAGAGAUCAUGGUUUGAAUGUAUUAAGUCCCAGGCAACACAUCUUAAAGUGGAAGUGGAGCUAAGUAUGAAUGUACGUUCUCAAUCAGAGAGCACCGAGAAAAGUUUCUAUUUCACCCUAAAUCUUUGUUAAUCUUUCAAAUUGAGACCAUUUUAGCAACAAUUUUAAAUUGGUUAGUAAGAUGAAAAGCAGAUCUUAAGAUACAUUAAAAAAAGCAUUUUAGGCAAAAAUCCAGUUUGUAUAGUUCUGUACAAUCUGAGGGAUCGUCAUCUAUUUCCUGAAAGGGCUCAUGCCUACAGAUAAAAUAAUAAGCAUAGGUUACUAAUAGGCUGUAUCUUUUCCCUCUGCCCCACCUGCUCUUGGAGUGCUUUAAUUAGAAAGAUACUAACAUAGAUUAAAGUCUUAGCCAUGCUCAAAUUCCUCCCCUGACCUGGAGAAAACCACAGCCACUGAGAAUCUGUGUUACAAAACAUUGUCAAAAGUUUUCUCCAAGUAACACCAGUGAGCUUAAAUAGAGCACCCAGGAAGUGACUGCGUGUAAGAGGAAAAGGUGACCUCGAUACACACUGAUGAUUUGACUCGUGUUCUUACCUUCUGGAUCAGAGCAGUUAAAGUAUCCAGCGCGUCAUUUCCAUGCAAAAGUGUAACGAUGCAGGAGCAGGCUAGGGUAAUCCAGAUGUAAGUGGAGGACCCUCUUGCCUCUUGCCUCAGUUGGGUAUUUAUGUACAGGACACAGUAACCGCUGAAACAGUAUAGAAUUCAAGCAAAUCCUUGCAUAGUACUUAGAGUCCAAUGAGAUAAAAUGAUGGAUCAAAGGAUUAUUUUUGCUUAAUGAAGCAUUUCGGGUUUUGAGUCUCAUUGGACUCAGUUUUCAACAGGAUGUUGUCCUCAAGGGCUGGAAUUUGGAAAUUUCACUACAGCCAUGUAAUCGGUCUGCUCUGAUUAAUUUAAUUGAACCAACUCUUGAUGAAGCCCUGCUGGCUUAUAAUUUAGAAAUGGGUAGGGAGAGGGAUGGAUAAUGUGAAGGAUUUUUUCCCCUCUGAAAUUAGCUUAGUGUAUUCAGAAAGUAGUUGGUUGCGUCUGGUCGUAUGCUUUAGUAAUCUGAACCAUCUGCCUCUCUAUACUAAGGAGUUCACCUCUUUAAUCCAGCUUACAGCGCACAAACCACUCUUCUGUAUCAUUAUGCCCUUGAAUAGAUGAGCCUGUGCGAAGUCCUCUGCUUUUAAAUGUGUUGCUGUCGUUGAAGAUAUUUAGAGGUUUUGUGGGGGUUUUAUUUCCUUCAGGUUUUGUCUUGAGUUUUCGGUAUUCUUUUUCUGGGGCAGAAACAAUGGCUUUCCUUAUGAAAACUAUGAUAAGUAGUCAGGUAAAGAAUUUAGGACUUGGUGGCAGGUCUGAAGAAAAAAAAGAAGAAGGAGGUACAUCUGAUCCUGCAGCAGCUCAGGGGAUGACUAGAGAGGAAUAUGAGGAAUACCAAAAGCAAGUGAUCGAGGAGAAGAUGGAAAGAGAUGCUGCAUUUACACAAAAAAAGGCAGAGAGGGCGUGCCUCAGAGUUCACCUCAGAGAAAAAUACAGACUCCCAAAGAGUGAAAUGGACGAGAACCAAAUCCAGAUGGCUGGAGAUGAUGUGGAUUUGCCCGAAGAUCUCCGGAAAAUGGUAGAUGAGGAUGAAGAAGAGGAAGAAGAUAAGGGUUCUAUUCUCGGGCAGUUACAGAAUCUCCAGAACAUGGACUUGGAUUCCAUCAAAGAAAAAGCCCAGGCCACCUUCUCGGAGAUCAGGCAGACAGCGGAGCAGAAGUGCUCUGUGAUGUGAGGGGCAGG